CGUAGUAGUAUCCAUUGAAAAAAAAUAAACAAACAUCUUCCGAAUUUCAACGAAAUUUUUUCCCUUUUAGAAUUUUUCAAAAGUAGUGUAGAUUCAGUAACUUGUUAUGCUCUCACGCUUCUUGCGAGUCCUUCCUCAGACUGUUACCGACAAUUUAACUGCAGCUUAUUUCAAAACUUCAGCUUGGGCUAAAUUCGGAUCUUCUCGUCAAUCGCACAGCAUUAAUCUCCGCAUCGACAUGAGUUGCUUAAAUGUGAAGAUUUUAUCGGCUCUCUCCGACAACUACAUGUACUUGAUAAUUGACCCAUCGACAAAGGAAGCGGCAAUUGUUGAUCCCGUCGAUCCGGAAUCCGUAAUUGCUGCGGUAAAAACGGAAGGCGUGAAAUUAUCGAAAGUUUUGACGACACAUCAUCAUUGGGAUCAUGCAGGCGGCAACGAGAAACUCGUCUCACUUUUCACGGAAAAUAAGUUGGAAGUGUUUGGAGGCGACGAACGAAUCGGAGCGUUGACGAAUCACGUCAAACAUGGAGACACCCUGAAAAUUGGAAAUUUGGAUGUUGAGUGUUUGCAUACGCCGUGUCAUACCUCCGGGCAUAUUUGUUACUACGUUUCGAGUCCUUUUGGCGAAAAAGCGGUUUUUACGGGAGACACGCUGUUCCUCGGAGGAUGCGGGCGCUUCUUUGAAGGAACUGCCGAGCAAAUGUACGAAGCUUUGAUCGAAAAAUUGAGCAAAUUACCGGAUGAAACGAAGGUUUUUUGUGGGCAUGAAUAUGCGAAACAAAAUUUGCUGUUUGGAUUGAAAGUUGAGCCCGAAAACGUCGAUAUUCGCAAUAAACUUGCAUGGGUUGAAGAAGUUCGUGGCGAAAAUAUCCCUUCCGUUCCAAGCUCCAUUGGAGAAGAGAAGAAAAUUAAUCCUUUCAUGCGUGUAAAUGAGCAAUCCUUGCGUGAAUACACGAAAUCGGGAGACGGGAUCUCCGCUAUGGGCGUCAUUCGUAAGGAAAAGGACUCGUUCAAGGCUUAAUUUUUGAAAUUCAGCACAUUUUUUCCAUUUUAAGACACGUCAACAGACGCUAAACGAAAUUUCUUUAUUAAUAAUGUAACAUUUUCAAGUGUUUCCAUUUCAGGGAUAAAUAGAAUCAAUUAAAUUUA